AUGGCGCGCGCGGCCUCCCUGGCGGCGCUCUGCCUCCUCCUCCUCGCCGCCGCCGCCGCCGCCGGAGCUCGAAUGGACCCGAUUUAUUCUGGCCAACUGGUGCCGGACUGGAGCAGGGAACCCAAGAUUAAACCGCAGAAUUUCUCCCUGAAUCGAGAGGAUAAUCUUCAGCUCCUAAGCAGGUCACGAGAUGUGACUCGCAGGAAAUUGGGGGAGAGGACCGGUGUAAUAAAGAUGGAAACAGUACAGCAGGAUGAUGAAGCCCUGGUUAAACUUGAGAAUGCAGGUUUUGAGCGUUCAAAAGCAGUUGAUUCUGCUGUGCUGGGAAAAUAUAGUCUAUGGAGACGCGAAAAUGAAAACGAGAAGGCGGAUGCAAAUGUCCGUCUGAUGCGGGACCAAAUGAUCAUGGCUAGAAUAUAUUCCGUGCUUGCCAAAUCCAGGGACAAGCUCGAUCUUUAUCGGGAGCUACUCGCCAGGAUCAAGGAAAGCCAGCGCUCCCUUGGGGAAGCUACUGCUGAUUCUGAUCUCCCUAAGAGUGCUUCUGAGAGAGCAAAAGCGAUGGGUCUAGUUUUAUCAGAAGCAAGGGAUCAAUUGUACGAUUGCAAGGAAAUUACCCAUCGUUUAAGAUCAAUGCUUCAGUCAGCUGAUGAGCAGGUCCGGAGCUUAAAGAAGCAGAGCACCUUCCUCAGUCAGUUGGCAGCUAAGACAAUACCGAAUGGCAUACAUUGCUUGUCCAUGCGCUUAACAAUAGACUAUUACCUUCUCUCUCCAGAGAAAAGAAAGUUCCCUAAUAGUGAGAAUUUGGAAGAUCCUGAUCUUUAUCACUAUGCUCUUUUUUCGGACAAUGUUCUGGCAGCAUCAGUUGUGGUUAACUCAACCAUCGUGAACGCAAAGGAGCCUGAGAAGCAUGUCUUUCAUCUUGUUACUGACAAACUGAACUUUGGGGCAAUGAACAUGUGGUUCUUGUUGAAUCCACCUGGGGAUGCCACAAUCCAUGUUGAAAAUGUGGAUGACUUCAAAUGGUUGAACUCUUCGUACUGCCCUGUUUUGAAGCAGCUCGAGUCUGCAGCCAUGAAAGAGUACUACUUUAAGGCAGAUCGUCAAAAAACUCUCUCUGCUGGGUCCUCUAAUCUGAAGUACCGAAACCCAAAAUAUCUGUCCAUGCUCAACCAUCUAAGAUUUUACCUGCCACAAGUCUAUCCUAAGUUGAAUAAAAUCCUUUUCCUCGAUGACGACAUUGUGGUCCAGAAGGACUUGACCGGACUGUGGGAGGUUGAUCUUAAUGGGAAUGUAAAUGGUGCUGUGGAAACGUGCGGGGAGAGCUUCCACCGAUUUGACAAGUACCUCAAUUUCUCGAACCCAAAUAUUUCGCAGAAUUUUGAUCCUAACGCAUGUGGUUGGGCUUAUGGAAUGAAUAUAUUUGAUCUGGAGGAGUGGAAGAAGAAGGACAUUACUGGAAUUUACCAUAAGUGGCAGAACAUGAAUGAAAACAGGCUGCUGUGGAAACUGGGGACGCUCCCGCCAGGCCUGAUGACUUUCUACAAGCUGACGCACCCCCUGGACAAAUCAUGGCAUGUGCUUGGGUUAGGGUACAACCCGACGGUCGAGCACGCGGAGAUCGACACCGCCGCCGUCAUCCACUACAACGGGAACAUGAAGCCGUGGCUGGAGAUUGCGAUGACCAAGUACCGGCCUUACUGGAUGCAGUACAUCAACUACGAGCACUCCUAUGUCCGGGGCUGCAAGAUCAGUCAAUAG